AUGGCUGAAUUCCAGCUGUGUAUGGAGAGUCUAGACUCUCUCUGGUUCUUCAAUAACGUCCUCUCCACCUCUCCAGUUCCCACCACAAAUCCAAUCGCAUCACCAGAAUCAGAAGAAGAAGAUUCCCACGAAUUAGAAGAACAAAGCAAUCAAAUUGCUGCCGUAAUCCAGAGCUCUGACGAAUUUGAGCUCCCUGUGGCUCCGGUGGUGACGGAGAAGGGAGGAGGAGGAAGCAGGGUAGGGGAGAUAGUAUUCGAGUCGAAGCCGGAAUCACCAUUGGAGAGGAGGAAGCGUAUGGCGAGGAGAUCACGGAGCAAGCGGAAGAUAUUGCUGCUGGAGCUCGACCUCUGUUUCGAUGACCUCAAUCUUUUAUCUCCCAGCAGAUCGUACGGGAUAAUGGUGAGUCAACGGGAGGAUCGGAGCGAGAUUCCUUCGUUGAACGAUUCGCUGGCGAUGAAACGGCAUCUCAAGUCUUGGGCUCAAGCGGUGGCCUGCACCGUUAAGUGA